UCUGCUUCAUCACCAGUGAGCUUCAUCAGCAGAACAAACGACAACCAGACAUCCGAUCCACAUAACACUAGCUAGCAGAUAGCCAGACCUGUUGAGAGGAACCACCGACCGGUGCAGCAUGGACUACGGCCAGCAGGGGCAGCACGGCCACGGCACCACCGGCCGCGUCGACCAGUACGGCAACCCGGUCGGCGGCGUCGGGCACGGCACAACUGGGACCGGCGGUAUGGGGUACGGUGGUACUACCGGAACAGGCGGCAUGGGCCAGCUGGGGGAGCACGGCGGCGCCGGCAUGGGUGGCGGCCAGUUCCAGCCUGUGAGGGAGGAGCACAAGACCGGCGGCGUCCUGCACCGCUCCGGCAGCUCCAGCUCCAGCUCGUCCGAGGACGACGGCAUGGGCGGGAGGAGGAAGAAGGGCAUCAAGGAGAAGAUCAAGGAAAAAUUGCCCGGAGGCCACAAGGACGACCAGCACACCACGGCCACCGGCGGCGCCUACGGGCAGCAGGGACACACCGGCAUGACCGGCACGGGAACCGGCGGCACCUACACCACCGAGGGCACCGGCGAGAAGAAGGGCAUCAUGGACAAGAUCAAGGAGAAGCUGCCCGGACAGCACUAAACGCGGCUGCGUAGUACGCGCGACGGCGCGAGAUGCCAUGCUUAUCUGUCACGGCGUUCCGAGAUAAUAAGAUGAACCCAGCAGGAAUAAAGUGUCCCUUGAUCGCGUCCGCUCGCGUGGGGCGGACGGUUCAUGCACAUUUGUGUAGACACUGUUGUGAUCCGAGAGGUUCUCCCAACUGUGUGUGCAGUGUGAGUUUGUAUGUAACGUCAUACAUGGAGUGUGUACUGUACUGUGUACACUAUCUUCUUUGUGUUUUUCUGAAUACAUAUGCGUGGUUUGUGUACGUCA